AAUAUAUGUAUAGUUUACUGUUUGGUUGGUAGCAUGCAAAGAUAAAGUAAGUAAAAUUCUACCGGCAAAAUAUGUGUAAUGACAAAUUGUGACAAAUUAAAUUAUAAGUAUUUGGAUAAUUGUGUAUAAAUGUUUAACGAUGAAAAUAUACGUUACAUCGAAUAUUUGACAAGUACUAUCAAUAUAAAAAUUACAUAUCAAAUAGUGAUCAAAUAAUAUACGAGGUAUCAAUUAUACAAAGUACUAAAAACAGUACUUUAUAUGUAUAGAUAAUAUAUUUGAUAAAAUGUAUUAUCAGUAUCUUAGAAGAAGAGACUGAACUACUAAUAAAAAUAUGAGUAAAAUAAAUAUAUAUAUUUAUCUACUGUUAUUUUACAGAUUUUUGUAAAUAACAAAACAUAAAUUAUGUGAUUCUAUUUUGCAAGGAUGUAUUGUUUAUUACGUUCUUGUUUUCAAACGUGUGUUCGAUUAAUAAGAAAAAUCAGAUUGAAAUAUAUCUGCAUUUGUAUCGGUUUUAUCGCGCUGCUUGAUUUUUUUGGUGUAUUCACACAUAUUUUUGAAAUCACGUAUGAUUCAAAUUUUGUUUAUCCAUACGAAGGCGAUGUACACGAAUUCGUAAAUGCAUUAAGACAUAACGAAAAACCCGUCGUCGAUCCUAUAAACAAUUAUAAUUAUACAUUCAUGAUUGAUAACCAACAAAAAUGCCUAGAUCCGCCUUACAAUACAUUUCGUGUUGUAUACAUAGUGAAAUCUGCAAUAGAAAAUUUUGAAAGGAGAUUGGCAAUCAGAAGCUCUUGGGGUUUCGAGAAAAGAUUCUUCGAUGUACCAUCAAGAACAAUUUUUAUUUUGGGCAUGCAUCCCCAUGAUGAUGAGAUACAAGCAAAGGUAAAAGUUGAGGCUGCAAAGUAUAAAGAUAUCGUACAAGCAAACUUUGUAGAUGCAUAUUAUAACAAUACUUCAAAAACUAUGAUGGGUAUUAAAUGGCUAAUCAAAUAUUGCUCUAAUUCAAAAUUCUAUAUGUUUGUUGACGAUGAUAUAUAUGUUUCGGUAAAAAAUGUUUUAAGAUUUAUAAGAAAUCCAACUAAUUAUCCAAGUUACUUGAAAGAACCCAAGAAAUUUGAAGCUCAAAAAAGGGAAAUUAAGGAUACUGAUAAUAAAGAAGGACCGCAUAUUAAUGAUAACAUUACAGAAAGAAAUAUUCGUACAUUAAAUGAGAAAGAAAAUUUGAAUGAAAAUUUUACUAUGGAAGAAAUUACUCAUGGAUCAAAAGAAAAAUUUCAUAGUAAAAUUCUAUCCACAGUUAUUACUGAUUUUAUACAAAAAUAUGAAGAUAAUAAUAAUACAUUAAGAUCUAUUUACAAUAAAGCUGUAAAAAAUGAACUUCUAUCGAACAGAUUAAAAAGGCAAAUUUUUGAUUUUGAACUUCCAGCAGAUGUUAGAUUAUUUGCAGGAUUCGUAUUUUUAUCUUCACCUCAUCGUCAUAAAUCUUCUAAAUGGUAUGUUCCUCUUAGUGAGUAUCCAUAUCACUUAUGGCCACCGUACGUUACAGCAGGAGCAUACAUAUUGUCUAAAGAAGCCCUUUUAGAUAUGUAUUAUACUAGUCUUUAUACAAAAUAUUUUAGAUUUGAUGAUAUUUAUCUAGGCUUAGUUGCCAAAAAGGCAAAUAUUGAACCUUUUCAUUGUGAAGAAUUUCAUUUUUAUAAGAAAGAUUAUACAAAAUUUAAUUAUAAAUAUGUAAUUACUUCUCAUGGAUACGGAAAUCCAAAUGAAUUAUUAACAGUAUGGAAUGAGCAGAAAGCGCUUGGUAAUGCCUAAUUGUUUAUACGAAAUUCUAUUUUAAUGAGCGGAAUUUAUGAUAUACAAAAACAAAAUUUAAGCCUUUGUAAUUCUGUAUUAUUUAUAAAACAAAAUAAGAGAAUUUUUGUUUUCAUUUAUCAUAUACUAUAUGUAUAUUAAUUGUUUUUUAAAUCGUGAAUUCAAGUAAUGUAAUAAAUAUGAAGUAUUAAAAAAUAAUAAACAGGGCGAUUAAAUGUAGCAUUAAAAAAUUGAUUUAUUACAAAAUACAUUUAAAAACAGUUUGAUAUUGAAAAUGGACUUAAACACAUUAGUCAGUCUUUAUGUAUAUAACAUGUUAUAAUACCAAAUAUAAUUUAUUAUGGUAUUUUUAUAUAAAUAAUGUACAAUAUUGCUAACUGGAACAAUCGAUCGUAAUUAUUACUAAUAUAAACAUUGAAUAUCUUUAUCAACGUAUGACAUAAGAAUUAUUGUUUCAUAAAUCUUAUUUGUAAGAAAAAAUUAUUACAUCAUAAGGUCAAUUCUAUUAUAAAAAUACCAGUAUUUAUAAGUGUACAGAUUAAGAAAGAAGAAACUAUGUUGGCAUGUAAAUAUGAUUCAAUGAAUAAGUAGUUUACAAGUAGUGAGUUUAAGAAAUAUUUACAAUUUUGUAAUUGUAGGAUUAUUACUAAUUACUUUAUUAUUGAAUAUAUAAGUUCAAUGAACACUUUUCUUCAA